AUUGAUGAAUGCCCAGGCGUUGGCGGGAAUUCAAAAGCUGGGUUGUCAUCCAUGAAUAUCGAGUCGCAGUGACAGGCGAAUUUUGUUAUUGUUGCCUAAUCCUGGAACGUUUUUUGGCUUGAGCUUUUUUAUUCGCCAUGGCAUUUUAUGCUUCACUUCGUUCUCGCUUGCCGCAAGCAUAUUCCUUGUCACGCGCGUUUUCUACGCGUGCUUCCACUUCUUCCAUCGAUGCCGCCGAAGUCAAGAAAUUCAGUGACAAGGCUUCGGAAUGGUGGAAUCCUCACGGCGAAUUCGGCAUGUUGCAGUUACUGAAUCCUCCGCGUGUUUCCUACGUACGCGACCAGCUAGCAGCUAAAGUACGCAAAGACGCUUCAGCGCCGUUGGAAGGGUUUCGAAUGCUGGAUAUCGGUAGUGGUGGCGGCUUGUUGUCCGAGUCGCUGAAACGGUUGGGAGGGUCUGUGGUGGGGGCUGAUGCUUCACGCGAUAACAUUCAGAUGGCCAAACUUCACAAGAGAAAAGAUCCCAUGUUAUGGAGAGCACCCGGUAGUCUCGAAUAUCGACACACAACAGCAGAGGAUCUGCUUGCUGCUGGGGAAUCGUUUGACGUUGUCCUGGCGAUGGAGAUUAUCGAGCAUGUGCAUCAACCGCUGAAUUUUCUACGUACGUGUGCCGACUUGACACGAUCGGGAGGUGAUUUAUUCCUGUCGACCAUGUCCCGAACCCCGAUUGCGUAUUUUUUGACCGUGUUUCUUGCCGAAGAUGUAUUGGGACUAGUGCAUAAAGGUACGCAUGAUUGGAGCAAAUACAUCAAGAGCGCGGAAUUGCAGGACGCGAUACAUUCCUUUGGUGAUGAAUGGGAAGUGAAAGAUAUCCGUGGGAUUGCUUGGGAUCCUAUUCGACGCAAUUGGCUAGUCAGUCCACGCAAUGGCAUGGUCGGCAUGGCAGGAUUAGAGUCCCUCGAAGUCAAUUACAUUAUGCGCGCAAGCAAAAAAUAAGCAAGCCUCGUCCAUUCUCUUUUUCUUUUCCCCCACUUUCUCCUGUUUUCCCUCCCAGACUCUUGCAAUCGAACCAUUAGACUCUUUCUCUCUCUUUCUGUAUUCAUCGAUAAUAAUGAAGCUCUUUUAUCCC